AUUUGAUUAUUAAAUAAAAUAGAACUUGCAUGAAAUCGCAUGUGAAACUACCCAAAAUAUCAUUUUAUUACAUACACAAUUAAAAUUUCGUCUAUUGUUUAAAUCAAAGCAAGAUUUGAUUUCUAUAAUAGUAAGUAUUUAGAAAACAAUUCAUAACUGAUUGAAUGUAGGUCCAGGCUAUGGGUACAGAAAGUGUUUUCCAGAUGUCAAGCAGAUACAUAUUUCAGGAAAAUUACUUUUUUAACAAUGGAGAGUGAAGGAAGUACUUAUAAAAAUCCUGGCAACCAACAGACUGUUACUUCUGUGGGAAAUGCUUGGGUAGUAUCUAGAUCAAAGUCAUACCCUGGACGCAUUUAUUAUUUUAAUACUUUGACUGGUGAGGCAGUUUGGAAUUUAAGCAGUGAAGAAAUUGAAAAGGUUAAGAAGAGAACAGCAAAGCUUCCACUUCAACCAGGAAACUUUCCUGAGCCACAAGAACCACCAGCCGACCACAGCAAUGACAAUCCAUCCCCUGUAAAGGCUCAGCAGCCUACUAUAACUCAAUAUGGGCCUCCAAAUGUUUUCAAUAAACAAAUUAUCAAUAAUCAGUUCUCAAGGCCUUCAUGUUCAUCGUAUGUGGCUUCAUGUCGGAACUGCACUUCAAUUAAUCCUGUUGAAAAUAUGGUUGGUGUAAGACCAAAUGUGUGGAUUCAACCUCCUCAGAUAUUUUUGGCAACACCAAGUCCUUCAAUUUCAAAUAUUAAUCAAUCAUUGGAAAAAUCUUUUCAUCAUAAUAGUUAUAGUCAAGAUUUUCCAAUACAAAACACAUCUGUGUCACUCUCGAAACGUUUCACAUUUGCAAAUAGAAGACAAAAGAAUUGUCCUAAACAUCCUCAUGCAGUUGGCAAGUUCAUGCCUAAAGGCAUUAAAUUUAAAAACAGGAAGCCUUUUGUUCAUAAAAUGCAACAGCAGCAUAUAGUCAGUGACUUGCGCGCUAUUAUAAAAGCCAAAAAGUCAGAGAAUGAUAAUGUGCAUACUAAAGGGGGGCAGCAGAAUAAUCUCAACAAAGUUCAAGAAUCUGUUAACCAUGAUUUGCAAACUUCAGUGCUCAUGGAAAACAAACUGUCUAGUUCAUCACCUGUUGAAAAUAAACUGCAAACUUCAACACCUGCUGAAAACAAAACUAUUGUAGGCGAUUUGCAUUCUAACACAGAUGAUGAGUGGCUAAAGAAUAAUGGCACUAUUGAAGGAGCCAAACUUAAACUCGAUGUAACAAUUUUGAGAAAUUUGGCAACAGAAAAUACAGACUGUGAAUGUUGGUACAUUGUAGUUGAUAGAAAUGUACUUAUGAGGCAUUUCAACUUCUUGAAUGUAUUGACUAAUUCAGAUGAUCAAUGCAAGCUAAUGAUAGUGAGGGACGUGAUGACGGAGCUCCAAGCGGCCGCGCGCUCCGACGCCGCAAAGGAAGGCGCCAGAAAAGUCUUGAGAGGUCUCUCGCAACUAUUUGCUGCCAAACUUGCCGUCAUAGCUGAGUAUUCAUUUAAACCAAAUGAAUUGAAAAAUUGCAUUGGAAUGAUCAAUUUCUGUUCAAUGUUACAGCAACAAAAUGAACAUGUGGUGUUACUCUGCAAUGAAGAAGCAUUACAAAAGCAUUCGUCGAAAAUACCGACUUUUACAAUACAGGAGGUUAAAGAUUUACUAACAAGUGAUAAAUUUAAGGAAUCUAAAGUAGACCCUCUUGUUGAACGCAAUAUAAAAAUUACUAUACCUAAUGAUGUACAGAGUUACGAUGAUAAUUCUUUUUUUGAUGAAAUGGAAACAACAGCAAAUAUUUCAGUACAAGAGCAUUUCAGUAACACAUUAACUUCAGAGACUGAUAAAAAAGAAACUGACGUACAAACCGACAAUAUAAUUCCAAUUGCAAAAAAAAUGGUAGAUGCUGAAGUUCAAACAGAGACUAGUUCAGAAUUUCCACUUCGAACAUCACAAAAAGAUAGCAUAGGAGUCAAUACAGUGGAAGUAAAUUAUGUAGACAGAGAAACCAAUGCUGCUGAUGAUAGCCUUGUCGUGUGUGAUAGACAUGCAACAUCAAUUAAAAAAACUCGGGAGAUUCGAUUAAAACGCAGCAUGUCAAAUCAAACUUUACGAAGCAACAACUGUUUUGAAAAUAAGCAUUUUAAGUGGCUCAGAAAAAAAAGAGAUAGUUCUGUUACGUUUUCUGACUCAUCAUUGAGUUGCGAUGAUCGCUUAAGCAGAAUGAGUGGCACAUCUUUUGACCAGCAUAUUGCGAAUGUACAAGACGCUAUAUGCCAACCACGUUCUCAAAGCAUGCAUAUGCACUACGAAGAUUACGCUGAAGGUAGUGAAUCAAGUAGUUGCGUUUAUAUGUUAAGAGAUAAAUGUGAAAACAUUUUAAUUGAAGAAACAUCUACAUCAGAUGUGAUUUCAAACUCUGUGAGUAAUGUUGAUUCAGAAAGUAUGCAAGAAUUAAAUAAAGCCAAAGAGAAAUCAAAUUCUAUAAAUGAUGAGGUGCAAAGUAAGAAUGUCAUGUUUGAAAUUACUAGUAAAGAUAUGGAGCAGAAUUUGAAAAUGAGACGCGAUGAAUGGUUAGCAGAAUUCAACCAAAUCAUGGAGGAAGUUUUAACUCAAAUAUUACGAGGAAAAUCUGAGUAUGUUAUGAAGAAUAUGCCACCGCCUUGGACCCUGCAUGAGGCUACGGAAUGUAUUAAGAAAAUAUUUAUAGGUGAUAGGGAUGUAUUCGAUGCUGCCACUAAAUUAUCUCAAGUGAUACAUAAAAUGAGUGAUACUAAAGGCAAAAUAAUAAUGAACUUCAAUCCAAAUGAAUUCAUGGAGCUGUACAGCUACGGCGUAUACCUUAUUGAUUCGUUACAGUCAAUCUUAGAGAAAAGCGAAGAUCUACAAGUCGCCGCUGAAUCACUCGCAAAGUUGCUCAGCGAUAUUGAAAGGCCAAUCGGAGAGCCAAGCCAGAAUGACUCGUUUGGGGAGCCCACUGAGGUCUCCGUUAUCGUUUCACAAACCAGUGCUGAAGCCGCUGUGGCUGCGCCAAAUCAAGAAAAUCACAGUGUUUCGUCAAACAAGACAAAUUCUUCGCGACGAAAUCAAAAGGGUAUUGACACCGAAAGCUCUCAAAGUUCAGGGAAAUAUAAUCUGAGAUCAGGAUCUAAACCUCAACAUCGGAAACCGGGUGAGGACAACGGCGAAACCCCCUCAGUUAAAUUCAUAAGGAAAGUCAACAUACCUGAUGACUUCUUUACGAGUCUGCAGCUUCAGAAAAAAGAUGGAACUGCCGAUGAUAAUGCACAAGAAAUAAAAAAUUCUGGUCAACUAGUACUCAAUAACAAUAAAACCAAUAGCCCAGAAAAGCCAACAGCUACAGUCCCAAAUAUUAUAAGGAAUUUCACUAAGUGUCCUGAGUUAGAAGCAAGAUUAAAUAAAAAUUCAAGAGAGCCGUUGGAUAUGGACAUGCUUGACUAUUCAAUGGGGUACAACGAUUUUGAGUCCGAUGAUAUAGAAGAAACUUAUUCGGAUGACUAUAGUCAGAAUCAAGAUCAUAUUACGGAAGAAUGGAAAGACGAUUUUCCUGAGGAAAAUGAACUGGCAGCGAAAUCACAUGCCGAUAAUAAUAACAAUAAUUUUGAAAUCCUUGUAGGGAGUUUGAUGGAGGAAAUAAGACAAACGACUGUAAAAGUACACGAGUUUUGUAAAAAAGCACAUGAUGAAAUGCUCUCUGGAAACAUGCAAACAAAUAGAAGAAAUGAAAUUAUAGACAGAGCUCAAAAAGCAAAUGCACAUAUACAGAACAUGUCCAACUCUUUCAGGAGGAUACAGGAUGGAUAUAUGAAUCAAAACGGUGAUGGUUUUCGAUCUCGACUAAGAGAAGCUGGCAUUCUCAUGAAUGACAAGGAAGAGUUGGUAUAUAGAAAUGUAAUUGGCUCCUGCAUCGAACAAGGGGAUACUCUUUUAGAAUCCAUUACCACAGUUAUAGAUGCUAUAAAGGCAUAACUAUUAUGUUAAUAAAUGUGAUAAAGAGAUCUGUGAGUAUUCUGAUCCAAUGGACUUUUAGAUAUAAUUCAUAAUAUGUGCAUACAACAUAGUUUAUUUUACAAGUUUUAUUUUUAAGUGUACAUAUUAUUUUAUAUACUUUAAUUUAAACAUUGCUUUAGUAAUUAAGAAAUAAAACCAGGGCAAUUGAAUUGUU